AUGUCUCGUCUCCUAACCCGUCGUCUAACGCCCCUCAUCCGCCCCUCAACCCGUCUGUCAUCAACAUUCCAAUCCCGCCCCUCACCACCAAAACUGCCCGCCGACCAACAAGCCGAAUUCGAGCGUCUUCAGCGCGCUGCGAGUGUAUCUUCUGCUUUUCAACCAACUGAGGAACCCAACGUCACUGUCACCUCUACCACAAACCCUACAAACGCUGGCGCUGCUACACCGGCUACAUCGCAAAUCAGACAUACAACAACCCCCGAAAAGAAAGAUGAAGAUAUGAACAUCGGUUACUUCCGCGGUGCACCACCUGAGUUUGAGGGCGACGUUAAUCCCAAGACUGGAGAAGUUGGAGGGCCCAAGAAUGAGCCUUUGAGAUGGGGUGGGGAUAGCGAUUGGUCUUAUAACGGACGAGCGACAGAUUUCUAA